AUGACCAAACCCCGCCUCGUACUCCGCCGUUCUUUGGAGGAGCGCCGCCAGUUUCUACAGCAACACUCUUCACGUAAAUACAAGCAUAUGGGGGAGGUCGUCGGAGGUACGACGGCAGAGAUGGCGGCGGUUUGUUGCUGCGUCCCAUGUUCGAUGGUGGACUUCGUGGUGUUGACAAUGUACAAGGUUCCGGCGGGUAUAUGCCGGAAUGCUAUGCGAAAGAGGCGCCAGGGGAGUUUGGUGAUGAAGCGUAACGACAGUGUUAGCAGUUUGGAGGAUUCGGAACUGUCGAUGCAUCCGGCGGUGAGAGCAGCGGCGGAGAGGUUCAUGAAGCCGGAGGUGGAUAAAGAUGCGAUGGAAUUGGAGAAUGAAAUGUGGGAGAAGUUUUAUGAAAGUGGGUUUUGGAGAUCUCCUUCAGGAAGGCUGGGUUAA